AUGGAGUCGCUCCUGCUGCCGGUGCUGCUGCUGUUGGCGGUACUGUGGACGCAGGCAGCUGCCCUCAUUAACCUCAAAUACUCGGUAGAAGAGGAGCAGCGCGCCGGGACGGUGAUCGCCAACGUGGCCAAGGACGCACGCGAGGCGGGCUUUGCUCUGGAUCCACGGCAGGCCUCUGCCUUCCGUGUGGUGUCCAACUCAGCUCCGCACCUGGUAGACAUUAAUCCCAGUUCGGGCCUGCUUGUCACCAAGCAGAAGAUUGACCGCGACCUGCUGUGCCGCCAGAGCCCCAAGUGCAUCAUCUCACUGGAGGUCAUGUCCAGCUCAAUGGAGAUAUGCGUGAUUAAGGUGGAGAUCAAGGACCUGAACGACAAUGCGCCCAGCUUCCCAGCGGCACAGAUCGAGCUGGAGAUCUCCGAGGCAGCUAGUCCCGGCACGCGCAUCCCGCUGGACAGCGCCUAUGACCCAGACUCAGGCAGCUUCGGCGUGCAGACUUACGAACUCACGCCUAAUGAGCUGUUUGGCCUGGAGAUCAAGACGCGCGGCGAUGGCUCACGGUUUGCGGAACUUGUGGUGGAGAAAAGUCUGGAUCGCGAGACACAGUCGCAUUACAGCUUUCGUAUCACCGCACUCGACGGCGGCGACCCACCGCAUCUGGGCACUGUUGGCCUCAGCAUCAAGGUGACCGAUUCCAAUGACAACAACCCAGUGUUUGGCGAGUCCACCUAUGCAGUGAGCGUGCCAGAAAACUCACCUCCCAAUACACCUGUCAUCCGCCUCAAUGCCAGCGACCCAGACGAAGGCACCAAUGGCCAGGUGGUCUACUCCUUCUAUGGCUAUGUCAAUGACCGCACACGUGAGCUCUUCCAGAUUGACCCACACAGUGGCCUGGUCACAGUCACCGGUGCCCUAGACUACGAAGAGGGUCACGUGUACGAACUGGACGUGCAGGCCAAGGACCUGGGGCCCAACUCCAUCCCAGCACACUGCAAGGUGACCGUCAGCGUUCUCGAUACCAAUGACAACCCGCCGGUCAUCAACUUGCUGUCAGUUAACAGUGAGCUAGUGGAGGUAAGCGAGAGCGCCCCCCCGGGGUACGUGAUUGCACUGGUGCGGGUGUCUGAUCGGGACUCAGGCCUUAAUGGGCGCGUGCAAUGCCGUUUGCUGGGCAACGUGCCCUUUCGGCUGCAGGAGUAUGAGAGCUUCUCCACUAUCCUAGUGGACGGACGCUUGGACCGCGAGCAGCAUGACCAGUACAACCUCACGAUCCAGGCGCGCGACGGCGGUGUGCCCAUGCUGCAGAGUGCCAAAUCCUUUACAGUUCGCAUAACAGACGAGAAUGACAACCAUCCGCACUUUUCCAAGCCUUACUAUCAGGUCAUUGUGCAGGAGAACAACACACCUGGCGCCUACCUGCUUUCCGUGUCUGCCCGAGACCCCGACCUGGGUCUCAAUGGCAGUGUCUCCUACCAGAUUGUGCCAUCGCAGGUGCGGGACAUGCCAGUCUUCACCUAUGUCUCCAUCAACCCCAACUCGGGCGACAUCUACGCGCUUCGAUCCUUCAACCACGAGCAGACCAAGGCAUUCGAAUUCAAGGUCCUGGCCAAGGAUGGCGGCCUGCCUUCGCUGCAGAGCAACGCCACGGUUCGGGUCAUCAUCCUCGAUGUCAAUGAUAAUACCCCGGUCAUUACUGCCCCACCCUUAAUCAAUGGCACUGCGGAAGUCUACAUCCCCCGCAACUCUGGCAUAGGGUAUCUGGUGACCGUGGUCAAAGCGGACGACUACGACGAGGGUGAGAAUGGCCGUGUCACCUACGACAUGACCGAGGGUGACCGGGGCUUCUUUGAAAUAGAUCAGGUCAAUGGCGAAGUCAGAACCACUCGCACCUUUGGCGAGAGCUCAAAGGCUUCUUACGAGCUUAUUGUGGUGGCCCACGACCACGGCAAGACGUCUCUCUCCGCCUCUGCACUAGUCCUAAUCUACCUGUCCCCUGCUCUUGACGCCCAAGAGUCAAUGGGCUCGGUGAACUUGUCCCUGAUUUUCAUUAUCGCCCUGGGCUCCAUUGCCGGCAUCCUCUUUGUCACUAUGAUCUUUGUGGCAAUCAAGUGCAAGCGAGACAACAAAGAGAUCCGGACCUACAACUGCAGUAAUUGUUUAACCAUCACUUGUCUCCUGGGCUAUUUUAUAAAAGGACAAAACAGCAAGUGUCCGCAUUGCAUCUCGGUUUCUCCCAUUAGCAAGGAGCAAGACAAAAAGGCAGAGGAGAAAGUGAGCCUAAGGGGAAAGAGAAUCGCCGAGUACUCCUAUGGGCAUCAAAAGAAAUCAAGCAAGAAGAAAAAAAUCAGUAAGAAUGACAUCCGUCUGGUACCCCGGGAUGUGGAGGAGACAGACAAGAUGAACGUUGUCAGUUGCUCCUCCCUGACUUCCUCCCUCAACUAUUUCGACUACCACCAGCAGACACUGCCCCUGGGCUGCCGUCGCUCAGAGAGCACUUUCCUGAAUGUGGAAAACCAGAAUACCCGCAAUACCAGUGCCAACCACAUCUACCAUCACUCUUUCAACAGCCAGGGCCCCCAGCAGCCAGACUUGAUCAUCAACGGUGUGCCUCUGCCAGAGACUGAAAACUAUUCCUUUGAUUCCAACUACGUGAACAGCCGAGCCCAUUUAAUUAAAAGCAGCUCUACCUUCAAGGACUUAGAGGGCAACAGCCUGAAGGAUAGUGGUCAUGAAGAGAGCGACCAGACUGACAGUGAGCAUGAUGUCCAGCGGAGCCUGUAUUGUGAUACUGCUGUCAACGACGUGCUGAACACCAGCGUGACCUCCAUGGGAUCUCAGAUGCCUGACCAUGAUCAGAAUGAAGGAUUUCAUUGCAGGGAAGAAUGUCGGAUUCUUGGCCACUCUGACAGGUGCUGGAUGCCCCGAAAUCCCAUGCCCACCCGCUCCAAGUCCCCUGAGCACAUGAGGAAUGUCAUUGCACUGUCCAUUGAAGCUACUGCUGCUGAUAUUGAGGCUUAUGACGACUGCGGCCCCACCAAGCGGACUUUUGCAACCUUCGGAAAAGAUGUCAAUGACCCCCCUGCUGAGGAGAGGCCUGCCUUGAAAGGCAGGAGAACUGUCGAUGUGACCAUCUGCAGCCCCAAGGUCAGCGGUGCUAUCCGGGAGGCGGGCAAUGGCUGUGAAGCUAUUAGCCCUGUCACCUCCCCCCUGCACCUCAAGAGCCCUCUGCCCACCAAGCCCUCGGCGUCUUACACCGUUGCCCUGGCACCCCCGGCCCAUGAUCUGGAGCAGUAUAUCAACAAUGGCCCAUCUCGUCCCUCUGAAGCUGAACCCCAUGGAGCUGACAACGAGAAAGUCAUGUAUGAGGUCAACCCCACUCUGAAGGAGGGUCCUGACAAAGGGUCUCCUGGUGUGAAGCGUCUGAAGGAUAUCGUUCUCUAAAGCAGUCUCGGGGAAGAAGAGGGAGAAACCAUGCUGGUUAUCAAGGAAGCAGGAGCUGAUUGUUUUGAUUGCUCACCAAUGGUUGGUUCUUGAGUGGUUGUUAUUUCAGAGCUUUCCCUAAAUAUAUUGUUUAUAAGUGACUGUCAUUCUGUGACAAUCCCUCUCAUUUCAACAGGCAGCAGGGGUGUUCAGUUGGAGCAAAUUAGCUUUGGCUUGGGUUGUUCAUGGGGCCUUGAUGUUGGGGAAACAGAGACAAAUUCAGUUGUGAAAAGUAUUAUGUAUUAAGUGUUUGAAUUUAUAUAUUUUUCUAUGUCAAAAUUAUAAUAUAAAUCACCAUUAUCUGUGGAGGAUUACAUUUAAAA